CAUCAUUGCAUUGAAAUUUUCAAUUGCCUGCCUACCUCACGUCCAUCACAACAUCCUCAUUUCCAUGAUUUUCAUCUUAAUCUAAUGCUUCCUCUUAAUCGACAACAUUUUGAUACAUACAACAAAGUUGGUAUCUUUUGCUUGGAUAAUUACAAUUUUUAAAUCAAUACACUAUGAGGAUGACUAGAGAAAAGAUGAAUGAGCAAAUGAACCAAUCCAGAAUAAAAAAAAACAAGAGAAAAAGGAAGAAAUCUAUAGGACAGUCAACCAAUUGCUUUUAAGAAGUCAGAAAAUUAUGCUCAGAGUCAGAAGUUAAAUCAGAAAAUUCAACACUAAAUUCCAAUGAAUUUUGACAAAAAUUGCUCCAUUUCCAACAAGUUUUCGGGUCUUUGAAUCUUGAUACUAUUUAUUUUGCUCACUCAACCGAAGAGCCUGCAAUAAAUUACAUUCCCCAAGUUCCCUCUCUACAAAAGAGUGGUUUUCCGGCAUUCAAACCCCAAACCCCAUAUUCUUUCUAACAGCCUUUCCCUCUCUUUCUAGGGUUUAUUGAUCGUAAUUACAACUUGCAAGCUUCAAUGGCAUCUUCAUCAUCAAAAGCCUCUUGCUUUCAGUGCCAGGAUUCAACCUCCAACUGCUUCAGAGACGGAUGGAGACUCCGUAACGGAGAACGCGCUCACCUCUGCUAUCAGUGCGCCUGUGUGUAUGAAGAAGGGAGGUUCUGUGAAACAUUUCAUUCAAACGAUGAUGGUUGGAGAGACUGUGAAUCUUGUGGAAAGUUAGUCCAUUGUGGAUGUGUUGUGUCAUUCAAUCAAUAUUUUCUUCUGGACUUUGGUGGGGUGAUUUGCAGAGAAUGUUCCAAGAAAAAUCUAAAGCUGGCACGAAAUCAGCGAUAUGCGCGUGAAUUUCAAACGGAUCCAACAGACGUACCGGAUCUUGCCAAGAGAAUACAGAUUGAACCUCACUAUUGGCCAGAUGGCAUUGUUUCAGACAUAAAAUGCAUCUCAAAAACCGUGAAACCUUUUCUGAAUCCUUUGUUUGAAAAAGUGUUGACUGCUAGUGAUGCUGACAUGAAGUUGGGCCGUAUAGUGAUUCCAAAAAGAUACGCUGAGGCAUUUUUUCCGGAAGUUUCUGCACCAAAAGGGAUAAUGAUGAAUAUUUUGGAUAUGGAAAGCAAAGAAUGGGAGUUUGCGUUUCGCUAUUGGCCUAAUUGUGGUAGCAAAACCUAUGUUUUAGAAGGCCUCAGAGAUUUUAUGUUUUCACGCAGAUUACAAGCAGGCGAUACAGUGUCGUUUUAUCGUGUGGAACCGGGGGGAAAGAUGGCCAUUGGAUUUAGAAAGACUUCAGUUGCGAAACCAGCUCAUCAGUGAAAAAGCACAUUCAUCCUGCAGCAAAUCCCUGCAAGUCUGCAUUUUAUGUGUCUAUGCUAGCGAAGAAGAUCUUCACUCGAGUACUUGCUGUCUUCUUAAAAUCAUAAUCUUCAGUUCUUGUGAAAGCAUUUUUGAUCUUAAACUUUAAAUGGUUACCCUUUGAAAGUAGAGUGUAACAUAGACAAAUUGACGCUCUCUUAUUUUGGUGAGAUAAUACUAAUAGUUUCCCUUGUUGGGUUUAUAAGAAUUUCUUAAUCGAGAUACUUUUGAUCUUUGAAAAUGGAAGAUUUGGUUCCGUAUAAGUUUACAAGUCCAUUUAUAUGAAAAGGGGCAAUAUAAGUUGUAUUUGUUGAUAAUGAGUCAAAUGGGUAUUGUAGAAAUAUAUCGGCUAAAACGGUAACAAGUUAAACGGGUUGAAGAGCUCCAAGAUUGUCUGAAGUGUGGG